AUGCUGCUGGAGAACGAGAAAUUCCUGUCGGAGCUGGGCAAGCUGUUCAUGAAAUCGCGGAUGACGGGCAAUUCGCAGAGCCUCAGGAUUACGAUGAAGCCCUAUGACGGCAGAGAGAAGCCAAUCCCACGCGGCAAACAGCUCGAUGAUGACGCGAGUUUGGUGCUGUUUCGAGCGGUGGUCGGUGCCGAGAAGAUAUCCACCGUCGUACGCCAAAAAGAGGUGAACCAGUUCCACGCGCAAUACUCGGCCUGUCUUCUCCGCAAUAUGGAUGGGCUGCAGCGGGCGAAAAAGACGACCGAUGGAUCGGCAAAGACUUCCGCCACAAAUAGACCCAAAAAU